AUGCAGGGAGUAAAACAACACUCAAUAACGCCAACACGCAAUUUUUAUCGUCGAAAGUUACCACCAAUUUGUAUCGACUUCACUUCUACAGAGGGUAAAAGACUUUUCACGGAAAGUUUACUCAAAGGAUAUGCAAAUGUGUAUUUUCGAUUGGCAUCUCAAUUUUUAACCCAAGAUGAACCAGCGUUUUGCGGAUUGGCAACAUUAGUAAUGGCAUUAAAUGCUUUGGAAGUGGACCCUGGACGAGUUUGGAAGUCACCAUGGCGUUUCUAUCAUGAGAGUAUGCUUGAUUGUUGUGUUCCACUUGAUGAUAUUAAAAAAAGUGGAAUCACAUUACUUCAAUUUACAUGCCUUGCUGAAUGUAACAAGCUUUGCACCACUCUAAAAUAUGCCGAAUCAGGAGAAGACUUUUUGCAUGAUUUACGUGGAACCGUGAAGCGCUGUAUGGCUGCAGACGAUAUCAUUCUUGUGGUUAGCUAUAAUCGUCAAGUACUUGGUCAAACAGGUGCAGGCCAUUUUUCUCCCCUUGGCGCUUAUCAUGAGGAUACUGAUCAAGUGCUCAUUAUGGAUGUUGCUCGAUUUAAAUAUCCACCUCACUGGGUGCCUUUGACUGUUAUACGUGAUGCUAUGCUUAAUAUCGACCAGACUACCGGAAAACCACGCGGUUUUGUAACGAUGAAGCUGCGAUCCAAUACGCAGUCAUUAGUAUUGUUUCGUUUUCAGACUAAUAUAGAUGUUUCCAAAACACAGUUCGUUUCACGACUAAAACAGUGGGAAAAAUUUCUUGCUGAAAAAAUUUCAAACAAGAAUGAAUCAGAAUUCAAGGAUGUUUGUACAAUGUUUUCUUCUAUUUUUGCAGGUUGCGUUGCAUGCUGUGACUGCUCUGAACCUAUUCAAAGUCAAUCUUCAUGUGAGGAAGAAAAGAAGCCUGGUAGCUUUUGCAGCUUAAACGUAAAAAAUGCAGUUAGCUGUGGUGAUAUUUGUCGUGAAAUUUCAAACUUGGAGAUUGCAUCGUAUAUUACAUCUGCUAGUUUAUGCACAUUGCUACUUGCUUGGCCUUUACAGGUGAUUUACUAUCGAUAA